UUGUCCCCGCUCUUCAUCUUCCCCAACUGCGGCGUCGGAUCAUCCUCGUUACCCCCUCGCAUUCGCUCCUUGUACCCUCCCAGAACGUUUUGAGGUCGGUGUCGAUUCGAGCUGUGCCCGAGCGCGAUUUUUAAAGAGUGUUUCGAGGGAUUUCGGUGCCAUGUGGCCGCAGUUUGGGAUUUUUUUUUUUUUUUUUUUUGAGGGGUGGGGGGCUUGGUAGGUGAUUGUUCCUCGACCGAUUGGCGUCAGUGGGUCGUAAGCCAGGGUAGCUGUGAGCGUGGAGGAUUGUGGGUUUUUAACGUGUAGGGUCUAGUGUCUGGUUUGCACGUGUUUUCUGGAUGACUGCGUGGUUUUGGGUUGGCUGUAGGGACUUGCAGCUGCUGCAGCAGUGGGGACAGGAUAGUUUUUUAUGGCGAUUGAAUCGGCGUUUCGAGGUAGUGGUUCUUAACUCUGUGUGGUAUUCGCCGGAAGGAACUGUGUGAGGUGGCUUAGAGAUCAAGGAUUUAGAGAUCUUUAAUGUUCAGAGGCGCGUGAUCAUCUGGAGGUCCCGGUGGCUGAACCGGGAGUUAGAGAGUGGAAUAUUACCCUUGGUUGUGCAGGUCCAUGUACAACUUAUGCAACUGGUGAGGAAUCUGGGUCAGCCGUCCAUUCGAAAACCUGGAAUUUUCUCAGGCCUUAUGCGGGGCACUUUCUGAUUCUAAGAUAUCUUGCUUGGAGGCCCUUCACGAAGCUCGUGGAAUACGAGGAGCGGAAUGUGGUGGCUUCAUUACAGCAAAGUUUUUUUCUCUUAUUGCGGAAAAAGAGUGAUUCUAUGAUGGGGAUGUCUAUGCUCUUACAUGGUCACCAUGACGGAUGGGAUUGCUGACGUAGUUGGAAAGGAAUACAGCGUUGAUUGUGCUUCUGGUUCGCAAUGCUGGGGGUUAGUUAAGAUUAGUUCAGAGCAGCGGUGAGCUUCGAUACAGGGUUGAAACGAACAGGAAGAGUGGUUGAUAUUGAAGAAAUUGGAUUGUGUGCUGGUUACAAGCAUGACGGUCCCGGAAUGCCCCAAGGGUUCUGAUCCAAAUCGCCAGACGGAUAUAUUCCUGAAUGUAUACGACUUGACUCCUAUGAACAGUUAUGUAUACUGGGUGGGCCUAGGGAUUUUUCAUUCAGGUAUCGAAGCGCAUGGUGCGGAAUACGCUUUUGGCGCUCAUGAUUUUCCUACUAGUGGUGUGUUCGAAGUUGAGCCUAAACAUUGCCCAGGUUUCACGUAUCGGAGGUCGGUGCACCUUGGGACGACGAGUCUAAAUUCAGUCGAGUUCCGGAGUUUCAUAGAGCAAUGUGCAGAUGAGUACUAUGGGGAUACAUAUCAUCUUAUAAUCAAGAACUGUAACCAUUUUUCAGAUGAUGUUUGUAGAAGAUUAACUGGGAAACCUAUACCUGGAUGGGUAAAUCGCCUUGCGAGAGUAGGCUACAUGUGUAACUGCUUGCUGCCCGAAGGGCUGCAAGUUACAGCCACUGAAGCUCCAGAAUGCCAGCAUGCAAGUGCAGAGAAUGUUACUCAAUAUUCGGAAGAGAAAGAGGUGGUGGAGAGUGAGAGUGAUCAGGAGCGUGCUUUGAUUACUACGCCCAGUGGCAAUACUCAGAUGUUAAUGAGGGACAGCUUCAAAGAGAGAAUAGGGCCUCGUGAGCAUGCACUGCUGACUGCCAGUCGAGAGAACACACAGACGGUGUUGCAGCCUCCAGAAGUGAGUAUUGCAUCUUCGCAAGUUAUGCGAGCUGCUGAUGGAGUGAGGACUCAGGAUAGAGCACCUAAGAGCCCGCAUUGGUUUGGCAGUUUUGAUGGACUAUGGCACUGGCCUCUUAUGGAAGUCUUCACUUUUUCAGACGAAUCUUUGUAGCAAGUUUUAGUGUGCAAUUAGAGACAUGAUUCACAGCGGUGUUAGUGCUAGUAGAUGACCCUCUUUCGUACUUAAUUGCACUUUCUAUGAGGAGUUUCAGGAUGUAGUGAUUGUACAUUUUCUCUGUAGAGGAGGAUUUGCUACACAAAGUGUUGUAGCUUCUGUAUGUACCAUUAAGUAGGAGAAGCUGGCAAAAGCUGGGAUCCGUGGGUAACUGGGCAGAAUGACCUGUUGAUCACCCAGAGGGAUUCUCCCUACACGAUGCUGGUGGUGUGUUCAUGUCACCACGGCAUCAGCUGUAAAUUUAAAGCUCUCUUCAAUUUAUUGAACAACCUGUUUCGAAAUUCUA